AUGAGUAAUAGUAACUCAUCUUCUCCGCCACAAUUCGAUGUGGCAACAGCCGCACUCGAACAUCUUGAAUUACUUAAUCGUUCCAAUGUAAACCCACUUGAAGUUGCAGCCCAAUUUCGAACAUUAUUACGUUCAAAAAAAGCACGUGGAAAUAAUGCCAAUAGCAAAAAUGAUAAUUCACCUCCACCAUCUUCAAAUAUUGAUUAUACAUAUAUGGAUUAUCUUGCAGCUGAUGCAACACAUCGAAGACGAGCACGAUCUCGUGGUCGUUCUGACCGUCGGUCAAAAUCUUUAGGAAGAAUAAAAUAUGAUCUUGAUGAAGAUGAUGAUACAAAUAAUCAAAGUGGUUAUAGUCAUUUUACUCAGGAUCAAUCAUCUUCAAACUAUGAUCCUGAACAAUCAAAUUUACGUAAUACAAUCGAUGAUACAAAUAUUUAUUAUGCUACAUCAGCAAGACAUGGAGGAUUAAUCACAACAACAAAUAAUUCAGCAAGACAAUAUUUACCUGAAUCACAUUCUUGUUUUGGUCUUUCAAAAUGGCAUGAUGAGGGUGAUAGUUCUACUGAAGAUAUUUAUGCUGAUUCCGCUGUUGGUUCUGAUUAUAGUGAGCCACCUCCACAUUUUGCAUUUGCUUCGAGUAAAGCAGUAUCUUGUGACUCAGCUAUAUCAGGUUCAUCAUCUCAUAAACAAUAUUCAUCAUCAAGUUCUGAACAAAAUCAAGGAACACCACCAUCUUCAUCUUCUUUACUUAUAUCUCCAACUAAACAAUAUUUUGCUAAUCUUUCACAAAUUGAUGAAUCAUCUGAGCAAACUGCAACUUUUGAUCGUUCAAUUUCAUCAUCAACAAAUAAUCCUUAUCCAACUAUUAAUUGGAAACAAUUACGUGAAAAACAACAUGGACAUAGCUUAGAUAAAGCUAAAACAUUUGUUACAACAACAUUACCAAGAAAAACGAUUUCAUCUCAAGUAGUAAAACCAUCACCUAAUUUAAAUACAUCAUCACCUAUAUCAUUAUUAAAUUAUCAUAAGAAUCAACCAAAUUUUCGUAAACGUAUUGAACAAUUUAGUACAACAGCAACAAAUCGUCCAUCAAGACCACGAGCUGUAACAACAGAUCUUUCACAAGCAUUACAAUCAUCAACAACAAUGACAACAAGUUCUUUAACUACUGUUUCAGCUAUGUCAAUCAAAACACCAUCAGACACUACAGAAUCAUUUACAUAUCCAAAUGUAUCUGAAUUACGAAAAAAUUUUGAACACAAAUCACAAAAAAAGAUUCCAAAACCGAUUGAUAUAGCAACUACUAGUACAACAUCAACACCACCACUUGAAUCACCUUUAUCUUAUGCACCGUCUAUAAUAUCAACCGGUGAUUCUCGUUCAUCUUCAGCAUCAUCAUCAUCAUCGUCUUCUUCUUCAGUAUGUAAAAGUCGAUGUUCAGCAUCAAGUCGUUCAUCAAAUGAAAUUCGUACACCAUCAAUAUCUCCGACUAAUUCACCUCGACCGAGUUACACAAUAUCACGUUUAAAUGCAUCAUCGAUGAACAAUGAAGAUGUUUUUUUUCCAAUAGCUGACUGUAAUCUUGUUAUUAAACAUAAAGCAAGUGGAGGACCAAAAAAGACUGGUCAUUAUAAUCGACGUCCAUCUUCUCCACAUCCACAUCCACAUUCAGACAAUUCAAAUCAUUUAUCGAAUUCAAUGUAUUCGAUAUCUAGUGGUUAUACUGAAGAAGCUCAUCUAUCGGGUGUAUGUAACGAGAAUGAGCUUAUGGGAGGAAGUACAGACGAUGCAGUCUAUGUAUAA